AUACAUUUUUUUAUCAUACUUUUAAUUUGUUGUAUCGACAAGUCUAAUUGAUUCCUGUUAUAUUAGGCUAUGCUGUUGUCCUUUCCGUUUCUGUGACACGUUUGUUCGGGUAUAGCAUCUGUUUAGCCUAGGAAACGUAUAGGCUAUGUGAAAUGCCAGUGUGACGAACACUUGACUAUUUGCGAAGAGUCAAGGAAGACAAGGAGUGAUAAGCGCUGCACCAACGCCCCCUCUCUUCACGUGCCGUAGGCCUGGAUGGCAGCGUCUCUCCUCAGAUGCAUGGCCCCCGUGGCCCUCAGGCACUGCCGGAGUUCCUGUAAGGCUGCCGGGCGACUCCUGGCUCUGCCCGUUCCUGCGCUAGGAACACGCCGAAGCAAGAAGACAUGGCCUGUCACCUUCCCCCAGGACGAGCUGAAGAAGAGGCUCACCCCUAUGCAGUACCAUGUCACCCAGGAGAGAGGAACAGAGAGUGCCUUCGCUGGAGAGUACGCCCAUAGCAAAGAGGAGGGGACCUACAAUUGCAUCGUCUGUGGCACCCCGCUAUUCCCGUCCGAUAAGAAAUUUGACUCUGGAUCAGGAUGGCCAGCCUUCUCUGAUCUCGUUAAAGAGGAGUCCAUAACCAUCACCGAUGACUUCUCCUACGGCAUGCACCGCGUGGAGACCAGCUGCAGUCAGUGCGGUGCUCACUUGGGACACCUCUUUGAUGACGGGCCACGGCCGACGGGGAAACGCUACUGCAUAAACUCGGCCUCGCUGGGCUUCCAGUCAAAGAAGGCGCCCGCGUCUGCGGAGGCAGCCGGAGGAGGCGCCCACCUCCAGCAAGAGUGAGCUGUGAGCUGCCCCUGUGGACAGACAGCAGGCAACAGACAGCAGCAUGGCUGACCAACUGGCCCCACGGUAUCCCUCCCUUAGCCCAAUACAAUAUGAUAUAAGCCACUCCAACAAGUAUACUAUCAACCAACAUUUAUAUGACACAAUCUACUCCAACAAUUACUGAGCCACCCAUUGAAGCUUAUAAUGGAAUCAACAAGCCUGCAUUCAACCACCAUUAUUAUGGCCUUGGAUUUAGCUGCCCAACCAGCAAAAGCUUACUGCCUAUAAAACUGUACUUAAACACCUCAGACUUGACAUGUAUAGAGGUCUGGUGAGAGAAACGGGGAUCAGAGUGUCAGUCUGCUUAAGAGCGCUCAAUAGUGGUUUUGAUAACGCACGUCUGUGAGCUGUGAUGUUUUCUUCUCAGAGAUAUAGUGAAAGCCCUUUGUUUGGGAAUGAAUUAUGUGUGUGUAUUUUCUCAGAGCAACGUGUUAUUUUUGAAGUGAUAUUUGAUACCUAGAGGUUGGUGGGUUAGGGAAAAACGCUAUGCAAGUGCUCCUGUGAGCGGUAAAAUAAGCAUCAAGCAGAGAACAAAGCAUUCUUUCAAAUAAAACGUAACAGAUGACAAAUGUUUAGUCUGAACACAAAUGUAGCCUGGCUUUUAAGGGUGGGCGAAAUGUUUUUUUUUCCCUUCUCUUGACUCCAUCUCUUGCUGCCUCCCGCUUGGGUUGAGUAUUUUCAGGGUUUUGAUUCACUGGUUGUGUUGACAUAUUUAAAAGUGUUAUCAAAUAAAACUUAGUCGAAGCAUCUUGAUAAAAA